AUGUCCCCCUUCAGAUUCGCCGUCCUAGAGUGCGACACUCCGCUCCCCGCCGUCCUGGAAAAGGAGGGUGACUACGGCACCAUCUUCGAGGCCUUUAUCCGUCGCGGCCUCGAGUCUUACAUCGCCAAUGGAGGGGAGAAGAAGGUCGACCUGGAGGUCAUCAAGUCAAACAUGGUUGACAUGGGAGAGCUACCUGAGCUGGACAAGAUUGAUGCCCUCAUUCUGACGGGAAGCAGGCACAACGCCUUCGAUGACAACGAGUGGAUCGUCAGAUUGGUUGACUACGUCCGCAACAUCUACCAGACCACCCAGAUCCCCAUCGUGGGCAUUUGCUUCGGCCACCAGAUCAUUGCACAGAACCUGGGCGACAGCCCCGUGUGCUCCAUUCAGGGCAUGCUCAUCCCCGGUCGUGUCCUCUCGGUCCAGGGACACCCUGAAUUCAGCCAGUUUAUAAUGAACACCAUCCUCGAGGCGCGUCACGGCCAGAAGAUCUUCUCUGACGAGCUGUACGAGUCCGGCGUCCAGAGGGCC